GCGCGUCCGUUCGCUGAGGGAGGGGGGCGUGACGUCACCGCGUAGGCGCGUCCGCCCGUGCGUGACGCUCCCGCCAGUGCCCAACAUGGCGGCGGGCGGCGGCGGCGGCGGCACCGCCGGCGGCUGCGGGGGGACGCCGCUCUCGCCGGGCCCGUUCCUGCCGCCGCUGCUGCUGCUGCUGGCGCUGCCCGGCGGCGCCGUGCCCGCGGCCGACACCGUCGUGCUGGGGCUGCGCCUGGAGGAGAGCACCAAACCGGCGGCGGCGGCGGCGGUGGCGGCGGCGGCGGCGGCGGGGGGCGGGCCGGCGGAGCGCGGGCCUAUCCGCCUCACGGAAGGCAGCGAGGCCCUGCUGCGCCUCUACGGGCUGGGGCUGGGCCCCGGCGCCGCCGAGCGCGUGGCCUUCGCCGAGCUGCGGCCGGGCGGCAACGCCUCGAGCGGCAACGCCACGUGCCAGGAGCGCUCGCAGGACCUGGUGGUGCGGCCCGGCCCCGCCGAGCCCCGCGACACCUCGGCCCUGCUCCGGGUGCGGGUGCAGCCGCUGCGCAAGGACGAGAGGGCCAAGACGUACGUGCUGUGCUCGCAGCGCCGGCCGGGCCAGCCCUGGCUGCCGCACCAAGGGCCCGACGGGCACGUGGUGGUGCUGGAGGAGAAGAAGUCGCUGCUGCCGCUGUGGCUGCAGGUGAUUCUGAUCGCGGGCUUGCUGGUGCUGUCGGGGAUGUUCAGCGGGCUCAACUUGGGCUUGAUGGCCUUGGAUCCCAUGGAGCUGAGGAUCGUGCAGAACUGCGGCACCGACAAGGAGAAGCGUUACGCCCGCCGCAUCGAGCCCAUCCGCAGGAAGGGGAACUACCUGCUCUGCUCGCUGCUGCUGGGCAACGUGCUGGUCAACACCACGCUGACCAUCCUGCUGGACGACCUCAUCGGCUCCGGCAUCGGCGCCGUGGUGGCCUCCACCAUCGGCAUCGUCAUUUUCGGCGAGAUCGUGCCGCAGGCGCUGUGCUCGCGGCACGGGCUGGCCGUGGGCGCCAACACCAUCGUGGUCACCAAGUUCUUCAUGCUGGUGACCUUCCCGCUGUCCUACCCCAUCAGCAAGCUCCUGGACUGCGUCCUGGGCCAGGAGAUCGGCACCGUCUACAACCGGGAGAAGCUGGUGGAGAUGCUGAAGGUGACGGAGCCCUACAACGACCUGGUGAGGGAGGAGCUCAACAUGAUCCAGGGAGCGCUGGAGCUGCGCACCAAGACGGUGGAGGACGUGAUGACGCCGCUGCAGAACUGCUUCAUGAUCAACAGCGACGCCAUCCUGGACUUCAACACCAUGUCGGAGAUCAUGGAGAGCGGCUACACGCGCAUCCCGGUCUACGAGGACGAGAGGUCCAACAUCAUGGACAUCCUCUACGUCAAGGACCUGGCCUUCGUGGACCCCGACGACUGCACGCCCCUCAAGACCAUCACCAAGUUCUACAACCACCCCGUGCACGUGGUGUUCCACGACACCAAGCUGGACGCCAUGCUGGAGGAGUUCAAAAAGGGGAAGUCCCACCUGGCCAUCGUGCAGAAGGUGAACAACGAGGGCGAGGGUGACCCCUUCUACGAGGUGCUGGGGCUGGUGACGCUCGAGGACGUCAUCGAGGAGAUCAUCAAGUCGGAGAUCCUGGACGAGUCCGACACCUACAUUGACAACCGCAGCAGGAAGAGGGUGUGCAACCAGAAGAACCGACGGGACUUCUCGGCCUUCAAGGACCCCGACAACGAGCUGAAGGUCAAGGUGUCACCUCAACUCCUGCUGGCCGCCCACCGCUUCCUGUCCACCGAGGUGACCCUCUUCACCCCCAACUUCAUCUCGGAGAAGAUCCUGCUGCGGCUCCUCAAAUACUCGGACGUCAUCCAGGAGCUGAAGUUCGACGAGGAGAACAAGAAGUCCCCGCGGCACUUCCUGUACUGCAAGAACAAAGCGGCCGACUACUUCAUCCUCAUCCUGCAGGGCAAGGUGGAGGUGGAGGCUGGCAAGGAGUGCAUGAAGUUCGAGGCGGGAGCCUUUUCCUACUACGGGGUGAUGGCCCUGAGUCCUCCUCCUGGAUCUGAAAUCCGUUCCCCGUCCCACAUGAGCGGCCUGAACCGCUCGGCCUCGCUGAGCUACCACGAGCGCUCGGACUCGGGCUCGUCGCCGGUCAGCGGCAGCAACAACCAGCUCAACGCCGGCGGCGCCCAGUACGUGGCCGACUUCAGCGUCCGCGCCCUCACCGACCUCCAGUUCGUCAAGAUCACGCGGCAGGAGUACCAGAACGGGCUGCUGGCCUCGCGCAUGGACAGCUGUCCCCAGUCCCCCGACAGCGCCGCCCCCAAAGCCGACGCCGCCAUCCCGGAGAAGCCGGAGCCGCCGGCGCCGGCGGACGAGACCACGAGUUUGCUCAACGAGAGGAACUGCCUGAGCCGCCGGAGCAACCACAGUGGCCUGGAGAACUCCAUCUGA